AUGCCGUCACUCAAGCUGGUCGCUGCCGCAGUGUGUGGCUUUGCAACUACUGCUCUUGCCCACGGUCUUGUCUCAGGAUUCGUUACGGAUGGCAAGUACAACCAAGGCUACAUCUUGGAUUACUACUACCUCGUGAAGAAUGGAGGUACUCUCCCUGCGAUCGCCGGAUGGUACGAGGAAGCUCUUGACCUCGGCUUCGUACAGCCCAACAACUUCGGAACACAAGACAUCAACUGCCACAUAAACUCUGCUCCAGGCAGCAUCGCUGGCACCGUGAGCGCCGGCGGUACUAUCGAGUUCCAGUGGACCACGUGGCCCCAUGGCCUGGGUCCGAUGCUGACCUACAUCGCGCCCUACAGCGGCUCGCCCUCGUCCAUCGACAAGUCCAAGCUCCUCUGGACCAAAAUCGACGAGGCCGGCAUCAACUAUAGCACCCAGGUCUGGGCAGCGCAGGAGAUGAUCGACAACAACAACACGUGGACCAUCACCGUGCCCAAGACGCUCAAGGCCGGCACGUACGUCUUCCGCCACGAGACCAUCGCUGCCCACGGCGCGGGAUCUGCCAACGGCGCACAGGCGUAUCCUUUCUGCAUCAACAUUCAGGUGACCGGCUCGGGCACUUCUGUUCCAUCGGGGGGCACCCUCGGUGUGAACCUGUACAAGGCCACCGACCCCGGUAUCCUGUUCAACCCCUACACCACCAUUACCAGCUACACGAUCCCGGGACCGGCGCUCUGGACUGGUUGA